AUGGAACGUGCUUGCGCGUUGGAGUUAACUUUGUCGGAAUGCCGUACUAUCGUACCAGACGUCGAGGACCGGCUCGGCUCGAAGCACAAGUUGACGAUCCGCGGGACGCACUUGGGCUUCUCUCGCUCGGGAUCGCGCCACUGCGCGACGUGGAGCUCCGAGGACGCCACCCCGCAUCGGCGGGUAUCUGAGCGGGCACCUGGACUGAGUGGCCGGUCUGUUCUCGCGGGUACGCCACCGGUCACCUAUCCCGCCUCCCGCCUCCGGCCCCGCCGCCCCGCCGCUAUCAGUGGCGAUGUGGCGGGUGCAUGUGGCCGGCGUGGCGUGGCCGUUCGCGUCGAUCGUCCUCUUUUGUCAUCUCUGCUCAGUCUUCGGCCGCAUCGGCAUGUCCGCUCCCAGUUGAGUGGCCGCUAUGAGUGGCCGUUCCAAGUCUCCGUUAUCUCGGUUCCCUUUCGUUCCUACUGCCGCCGCGUGCGCUUGCCGGAUCACCUGACUUGUCUCCGGUGA